CUGAGCUUCCCAGGCUCCUCGCACAUCGGAUUGUUGCCCCAAUCUCUCCAGAGAGGCUGGCAUGGAUCCCCUCGUGGUCUUCCUCCUCCUCCUCCUCUGCACCUUCCAAGCUGCAAGGCUGGAGGACACAGGAGGGGUGAACCUUGUCGAAGGUUUUGGGGAGUCCGUCACGUUGCCCCUGGAAGUUCCUACCCAGAACAUCUCCACGCUCUUCUUGAACUGGAAGUCUUUGUCGAGGAAGAAGGCACUGGCUCUGUGGGCCCCCCCGCACCCCUUGUUUGUCAUCGACGCCGAGUAUUCUGGGAGAGUGAACUACUCCAAGGAGAACAAUGUCUUGCAAAUACGCAACUUGACCCUGGCAGACGGUGGACCCUAUGAAGUCGUGAUAGGAGUCGUCCCCCGCGAGACCAUCUUAAAAAAUUACACACUGUUCAUAUUUCGCAUCAACAUCACCAAAACAUGGUGGGAGAUCAGCUCCUGCACUUUGUUCUGCGAGUUGGGGGCCGGGAAGAUGGCCAACGUGACCUACAACUGGACUCUCACGGCGACGGGGGCCCCACUUUCCCAAACCAGCCGACUCGACCUCGUCAUGCGCCCCACAGAUGCUAAUCAGUCCUACUCAUGCGGUGCGAAGGCUCUUGGGGUCCAGGUGAAACGGGACAUCUCUCCCUACGAAGACUGCGGGGUCAAGGCUUCAGGACUUUUCGUGGUGCUCUGCUACUGGGUUGCCAAAAUCAUCCUCACGCCCGUCCCCCUCUUCUUCCUCUAUUAUCAUCACUUCAAGAAAGCCAAAUCCGCACAAUACACUGUCUCAAAGGAACAGACAGACGUGGACUACGAAGUCGUCCACUUUGAAGAAGCCAAUUAUGAAAUGGACUACAUAAAUUAAUGUCCACACGGAAACGAUUCCUCUGAAAAGGCGAGGGCCAAGUUUGCCGCUGCCUCCCACCCGCCCCAAAGUCUCCAGACAUUAUUUCCAGUCUUCCGGGAGUCGGCAGCAUUUGAGCUAAGGGGGCUUCUUUCUCCCAGCUAAACAGUGUUAAUGGAAAAAUCCGAGGGCUCCCUUGGACAAAAACAAAGACACCAACCAGGAUAACUUGGAGCAAAACAGCAGCCUGUAGGCGUGGCCUUUAUUGAAGACUGUCGCGACAGGACUCCCACCUACAACAAGAUGAAGCAAAAUGGAAGUCCAGAACAAAAGAAGACCCCAACUUUUAUUAGUUACUAAUCCCCCAAACGACACCCCUAGGACUACAUCACAACUACAUCACAAAAAAGGAGGGGUUGAGGGAGGGGUUGUGGUGGUAGCCUGAGUGUCCUGUCACCUGGCUGGUUCCCCCUUUCCCCCUCCCCAUGAGUCAUUUUCCAGGUAACAGAGGGGAGUUUGCAGUUUCCUGCCCCCAGAGGGAAGAUCUGAUCAUUGUCCUUUGUUCCAGUCGGUGCUGAAUCCACUCCCAUAUGCAACUUCUUUGUGAUCUUGAUGGUCUUCUGUCUAGGACCAUCAGGGUUGGCAUAGCAACUGGGCAGGGCUUCUGUGGAUGUGCUGGUAUGCUCAAGGGAUUAUGGCCGCCCUGUAUCAAACCUUCACCAUUUUGUAGUCCUUCCUUCAUGGAGUAAAAUAAAAGUGGAACAGUGCAGAUCCGAUGUAUGGUUGAUUUACUAUGAAUUUAUAACAGAAGCGUAGCGUAUGUAGUGUGUGAGUGUGUGUGAAGUUUGUACAAACU